UCUUUUGUCCAUACCCAUCGCCGAGGUCUCUCGCGACGAGCUCGAGAUGGUGAAUAGCCUUAAUCGCGUCAGUUUAUCUAAAGUCUCAUGACAUUAUCGUAUAUAAUAUGUCUAAAGGAUUUGUACAUUCUGUAAAAGUUCCUAGGCUUUAUAAAAUAGCUUCGAAAAUUGUACGAGAUGUUCAAGAGAAUGGUGCUAGUUUGAAAACGUUAAUUUUUUCCGAAAAGCAUCCUAAUGUAUCUGGAUUGUAUGCUUUAACAUUAAAUACCCUACAAAAAAGUGAUCAAUUAAACCAGCUUAUUAAUGAAACCAGAAUACUUUUAAACGAACCACGUUUUGAUCCUUGGUUAGCAAGAAUUUUAAUAACAGAACUUAUUUGGGGAAAGCAACGUUUAACCGGCAAUGCUAAACCUAUUGAAACAGUAUUAAAUUACGAAAGUCGUUUACGCGAUGCAUUGAAGAAUAUUAAUGCGUCCGACAUAGCCAUACCUCAGAAAACAGUAUCGAAACCAAGAUACGUUCGUGUAAAUACUUUGCUGUUAUCAGUUAACGAUGCUAUACAAAAUUUCGAAUACGAAGGAUGGUCUUUAGUACUCGAAUAUACAGAUUAUUCGUCUUAUUUGAAAUUAAUUUCAAAUUUAUCAAAACCAUAUUUUACUAAAGAUUAUCACAUACCCGAAUUGCUUGUUUUUCCGCAUGGUACAUUAUUUUUUAAUCAUCCAAGUUACAAAAAUGGAGAACUGAUACUGCAAGAUAAGGCAAGUUGUCUUCCAUCAUACCUCCUAAAUCCACCAGUUGGGUCUGUUGUUCUGGAUAUGUGUGCAGCUCCAGGGAUGAAAAGCUCGCACUUGGCUGCCAUAUUACAAAAUCGGGGAAUCGUUUAUGGUAUUGAAAUUGAAAAGAGAAGAUAUCAAACGUUAUGCGAAUUAUUAACAACAACAAAUUCUCAGUGUGUUCGGACUAUGAACAACGAUGCUUUGACCAUUUAUCCAAGUCAUUGUCCAAACGUUGAAUAUAUUUUAGUUGAUCCCAGUUGCUCCGGUUCAGGCAUUGUUGAUAGACCAAUAAUGGGUAAGAAGGAUGGUAAAUAUCAGCUAGGACGUUUAAAAAAUUUACAAGCAUUUCAAGUAUUUCUUUUACGACAUGCUCUAUUGAACUUUCCAUCUGUAAAAGAAGUCAUUUAUAGUACCUGUUCCAUAAAUCGAGAAGAAAAUGAAGAUGUAAUAGAUGAAAUUCUGACUAAUGUCGGUGACGCCUAUGAGCUUGUAUCAAUCGAAAGAUUACUUAAAAAGGAUUGGAUAAAUUAUAGUUCAGACGAUAGCGGUUGCGAGAAAAAAUGCAUUUAUGCUAAACCUCAAAUAGAUCUAUGCAAUGGUUUCUUCGUUGCUUUAUUUAAAAGAAAUUUUGAUGUUCCUUUGCCGGCGUAUACUCCUCGGACGUAUGAUACGUCUAAAGAAGCGAAAUGUGAAAGUUUAAAUGAAAAGGAAAAAAAGGAUAAUGAAGAGAACGAUGAAGACCGGUACAGUGGGUCAUCGUCUAAGAAGAAAAAGAAACGUAAGAAAAGAAAACGCUCGGAGAAACUAGAGAAAGAAUCCGUUGAUCUCGAAGAAAUUAACGACAGAGAUGACAGAGUUAUUACUUCUGAAGGGUCAUCGAAAAGAAAACAUGAAAAUAAUUCCAAAGGUAUUUCGACGAAGAAAUUAAAAACGUGAUGACUAACCUGUACGUGGUGAUUAUAAUAAUAAUAAUAAUAAUAAUAAUGCUAAAGAAUGUAUGAAAGAAAUAAAGUAAGAAAAUUCGAAUCG